UAUUAGUAUUUUGUUUGGAGCAGAAGGCGCUUUCCCCCUCCAGAUUACUUGUUUUGGCCCACCUUUAUUUUACACACCUGCGUAACGUUGUGUAAUGUUACGCAAUAAAGCCACACUGGAUUAAAGCAUUUCCUAUUAGCGCCUCAUUUAUUUUCAUACCGAUGACACGUGUAAUUAUACUACUUGUUUUAUUCAUCGGCUCGCGGUUAAGUCAAAUGCACAAUUCUGCGUUAUCGCUUUAAUGAAUACCAUAUCACUUUAACGUUUUCUUUUCUUUAUUAGCACAACUGAAACCAGCAGUAUACUUGCGGCCAGUGCGCGCUAUCCACGCCCUGAGCUGCAGUCUAUUCCUCCCUCUCUCCUCCCUAACUCACGGUCAAACUUCAGCAAACACUUGGAUACUUCGCCAAGAGUCGCGUUGUGUCUGAGAGAAACUCCGGGUUUCGAAUGGAGAGCGGACUGAGAAACUGACGAGUCAUUAUCGCUGUGGUUUUGUCUAAAGAUGGCCAGGUACAACAUUUGCUACUAUGACCAGCUUAUGGGCUUUUUCUACAACAACAGCAACAUAACUUCGGAUGAAUGGGACCAAACGCAGCUCAUCCUGGUUCAGUGUGUUGGAUUCAUCUGCUGUUGCUUCAUCUUAGUGGCCAACGCCAUGGUAAUCACUGCAGUGAUCACCAACAGGAGGUUUCACUACCCUUUCUACUAUCUCCUCUCCAACCUAGCUGCCUCAGACUUUCUCGCCGGGAUCGCUUAUGUGUAUCUCAUGUUCAACACAGGGAAAAUAUCCCGCGAACUGACCGUGCAAGGCUACUUCUUCCGGCAGGGUUUGCUGGAUGCAAGUCUCUCUGCAUCGCUGACCAACCUCCUGGUGAUUGCUCUUGAGCGCUACAUCUCAGUCAUGAACUGGAAAGUUCACAGUAACCUCACCAAACGCAGGGUGACCCUACUGAUUGCCCUAGUUUGGGGAAUCUCUUUAUUCAUGGGAACGGUGCCUAGUUUGGGCUGGAAUUGUAUUUGUAGUCUGGACCUGUGCUCCAAGCUAGCACCCAUCUUUAGCCGGAGCUAUCUGAUCUUCUGGUCUGUGUCCAACUUAGUGCUUUUUCUCAUUAUGGUGUCCAUAUACUUAAGAAUAUACAUCUAUGUGAUGAGGAAAACGGCCGUCUUGAAGGCACACACCACUGGAUCUAUGAAUCGCAAAAGGACGCCGAUCAAGCUGAUCAAAACUGUGAUGACUGUACUGGGGGCUUUUGUGAUCUGUUGGACCCCUGGUCUCGUGGUUCUGCUCCUGGAUGGACUAAACUGCGAGCGGUGCAACGUCCUGAAGUUCAAACGUUGGCUGCUCCUUCUUGCCGUCCUCAACUCUGUCAUGAACCCCAUCAUCUACUCUUACAGAGACAAUGAGAUGUGGACCACUAUCAAGAACCUCAUGUGUUGUGUUUGCAGUGGAACCAGACGACAGAGGUCAUCCAAGGCCAACAUUCAACGCGGCUCAGUUCGGGAGACCAGCACCAGCCUCAAAGAAAAUACAGCUGAGGAAAGUAAGGUCUCCACGCAGGAGAUGCUGAAGUCUUGAAGCUCCAAAGACAUUAUUUUGACUUUAUGAAGACCAUGGGGCCAUUUUCAUUAACACGACGUGGGGAUUUCUCUGAAAUCUCUUCAGUCUACUCUCAGAGAUAAUUAAUGUAAUUUUUAUGCAGGUUAAACAUUUCGAAUUUACUCGUGUCCCAGCUUUAUAUGCAGUCAAUGAUAAGUCCUGAAAGUAUGAACACACCAUCAGAACAUUGCUCUGUUUGUUUUAAGCAUCCCAAUCGGCUAGACAUGGCAACAUUGGCUCAACUAAUGGCAUGAGUUUGGGGCAGAACUGUCUGUGUUGGCCAACCAAUAACAGAUGAGAGGAGUGUUCAGGAAAACUGCUUGAAAGCAGCCAUUCACGUUUGGUGACACUAGUUCAACAGAAAUUACACUUCAGCUUUAAGUUGGACUGGGAAUUUUUAUCUGACGCUACUAAACAAUGUACUUAAUUUUACAUUUUUUGCCACUUUUAUUGGUACAGUAGGACAGACAGUGGAGUGGUGUAAGUAAAUGACAGAGAGAGCACAUACUGUGCGAUUGGGAAAUUACACAAGCCAGAUUCCAACUGGGAUUGCCCACAAAUAACAUGUCAGAGCAUGCAUAUUACACACCAGCCCAUGUCCCUGACAGCAGUGCACUUCUAAAGUUUUAUUUUACCUCAAUAAUUCAGCUUUUGAUAAUAGAUACUGUAAAUUUGCUAUGAGAUUUGUUUUCAGAAUGCUCAACAGAUUUUAUUAGUAUGCUCUGUGUGAAUUUGUUGAUUUACCUUUUACUGUAAAUAUACUGUACUGUAUUUGCAAGUCUUAAAAGAAGUCUUGAAAUCUUUGGAAAUUACAUCAUGUAUUUAGUAUGAAGAUCAUGCUUAUGUUGUAAAUAUUAAUGUAAAACAUUGUUGUAGCAUGCUGUCAACAACAUACAUCAUUUAAGUGAGUUUUUUUCAGAACAGAAGAAAUAAACUACAAAACUCCUCAGAA